AGUUCGGUGUUUUGAAAAAAGCUGAAAAAAGGAUGAUGGGAGCAACUGAUCUACUGUUCAUCACUGUCAGUCAAAAUGUCUCCUUCAUGGGUAAAGUCUGGUGGAUGCUGAUGCUGUUUCUACGUCUCCUCGUCCUCCUGCUGGCCGGCUUCACCCUCUACGCCGACGAGCAGGACCGAUUCAUCUGCAACACCAUCCAGCCCGGCUGCUCCAACGUGUGCUUCGACGUCUUCUCCCCCGUGUCCGUCUUCCGCCUCUGGCUCUUCCACCUCAUCCUCCUCUGUCUUCCCCAUGUGCUGUUUGCCACCUACGUCGUGCACAAAGUCAUGUCGGUGUAUUAUCCGAGCGUUGGAGGUUUCUUCUUCUUCGACAGGAGCCGAGGAGGUUCCACUUUAGAGAACUCGAGCUCCUCCAGAGAGCUGUCCUUACACAAAGCUCCGAUUCAUGAACUUCCCCGAGAAUGGGGAGUGCCGCGUUUCUACUGCGCCUACCUCCUGGUUGUAGUUCUGCGGAUCCUCCUGGAAGUGUUUUUCAGCGCCGGGCAGUUUUUCCUCUUUGGUUUGUCCAUGCCGAAGAGCUUCCUCUGCUACGAGGCGCCCUGCACAUCCGGGGUGGAGUGCUACAUCUCCAAACCGACGGAGAAGACGCUGAUGCUCAACUUCAUGCUCGGCGUCUCCUCCCUGUCCGCUCUGCUGAGUUUCUUUGACCUGGUGAGCUCGGUGAAGGCCAUGGUGAGCUGGAGGAGGAGACGGGAGAUGCUCCUGGAGGAGAUGAGUAAAGCAGGCGAGCAAAGCAGCGUGUUCACGGCCACUACCAACGAAGACAGCGACGUUCUUCUAACCAGAAGGAUCAGCCUGAGUGGAAGCUCAAAGAGCGCCGUGAAAGAUGAGAAAAAUGCAAAAAUCGACGGUGAAACUUUCACAAACCCGGCAGAGUCCACCCAGGACCACACGCCCGAAAACAAAGACAUAUCGCUCUCUCCCACUCCAGUACCGACUCACUUUGUCCCCCACAGCCACCUCAGACCUCCGAUGUCCCCGCGCCCCGAUAGGAUACCGCCGCUGAACCCCCGGGCGCCAACACCCGUAGGGGUCAAAAAACUGGGCCAGUUCACUCCAGCUGCAGCAAACUCAGGCCAACAGUCGGACAGCAGUGACUCUCAGGACAAGAGGGCAUGGGUGUGAUUCACUACAAUGUGUCACUGUUGUUGGAGAACAUCUGCUGUGAAAAGAUCCAGAUGUUUUGCCUUCAGCUUUAAGCAGGUUGUUCUAAAUCACCGUUGGAGGCUAUUCCUACAAAAUGGUGAUAACUGUGAUUAAUACAUUGUCAGUUCUCUUGAGACAAUCUGGACCCAACAGGCGGCAAUUUAAAAACACUAAAGCUGUGAAGCUUGUGGGAACUGAGCUGUGGAGCAGAACUGCUGGGUGGAAACGGGGCUUUACAAUCUUCGGUGAUCAGAGGCAAUAAAUGGUUAAAACGAUUCAGCAAGGGCGCCGGAUAGCCUAGCCGUUAUAGUCGCGUUACUGUGUCUCUUCAGCUGUCCUACACACUCUAUCAUCCAUUAAAGGCAAUAAUGGUCCAAAAAAAAACAAUUCAGAGCUCACACCCAGGAGGCACAACUCAUACAACAAAAAGUCAAAGUUGAGGUUUUGUUUUCAGCCCACCAGAUGAUUUGUAUCUAAACUACACCAAAGUUUUUCACCCUGAACGACACCCUGAUCUGGAACCGGGCGCGUGACAAAGCUUCACUAUUUGUUGACCUGAGUUGGACAUUUAUAGGACGGCAAAUGAGAAUUAUGCAAACGUACGAUAUCAGGAUGCGUUGUUUAAAGCACAAGUUCAUAAACAGAGCUGUUGUAUUAUCAAGUAAAAUGAGCUGGGAUCUGACUAAUCAGCGAGCUGUUUUGAUGAUUACUUUCUUUUUUUUUUAUAAACAAGUAAUCAGUUUUCUACGACAGAGGAUUCGGGCCAUGUUAAAUUAUUAUUUUUUUUUAAUUCCAAGAUUAAACUCGUAAAUUUACGAGAAUAAAGUUGUAAAUUUACGA